UGGUCCCCUACACGUCCAGUGUCCGCUGCUUACAGCCUCCCCAGGCCACACACUGGACACUGAGCAGUAAUUAAACCUGGACCCUCGCUGCACGUGACGCUAGGGGAGCCUGGAUUUCACCAGCGAUUGUUUUUCGAUUUGUAUCGAACUCCAAUCAUGACCUGCGCGAGGUUACGUGGUUUUUAAUAGCGUAUUGUGAGUCCGGGGUGUGAUCCAAGGCCGUUCUCGGUGUGCACGGUUCUCUGUCAAGUGUGUGUGUCAAGUGUGUGUGUUAAAUUAAUGUGUGCGUGUUCUGUUUAACGAUUGCGUCACAGAAUGUAGCGCAUCGUUCUGCACGCGAUUCUUGAAAGCAUUGUCUGAGCGAUGGACUGUGGUAUACCAAGAAAGCAGCGCAUAUGGAUAGAUCUAACAGCGGACAGCUAAGAGGGUCGUGUGUAGACCCGGGCAGGGAGUCCUUGUCCUCAGGGGAGAUCACUCCUCUCACAGACGCCUGCUACUUUGAGGAGGCGAGUGCAAGUGAGAAAUGUUCACGGCGCAGCACUCCCCUCACGCCACAGGAGUUCGAUCUGUUGUCUGACUCUAACCCUUUUAAGCAAGACAUCGCUGAGAAAUACGGCUUGGGGUACCCCGGAAUAACUACAAGAAGUCAAGGACAGAACGGAGGUGGCAGAAGCUCAAGAGGAUCUAGAGGGUCUAGAGGAUCCCUGUUCGAUUCCCAAUUGUCACCUGAACUCAAGAAGGAUGUGAUCACACCUAUAAGUCAGAACGUAUCCCCUAUAUCAGCAGAGGGUAGAGAAGUCUCUUCUUUCCUUGGCUUUGAGGAUGAUUUCAGCGCGAUAGCUCUUAGAAAAGGAGAAGGUGAGACUGGAGCUGACGUCGUGUCAGGGAAAGAGAAGAAGCUUGUCAAUAAAUUUGACUAUGUCUCUGAGCGUGAAGACAGUUCAAGUGCAGUAUGGCCAGGCAAAGAGAAGUCAGAAGAACAUGUAGAUCGGGACGUGCCUGCUGCUACAGGACCUUUGAGACCUUUCCUUCAGCAUCAAUUGCAUUUGGAAAUUUCUAAAGACGAGACAGGUGAUGAAAGAGUUCGUCACGGCAAAGUAGGGCAAACAGAAAAGCCCGGAGAAGCGAGAGGCGUGCCAAAGCUAAUCCGUGAACAAAGUAUCGAUAAAGGUGAAGAAGCAGCACGCGCACACCUGACAAAAGUCAAAGCUGUGACUCAGAGUUCUUGGAUUUUGGAGAGUAAGGAAGAACUAAACAGGAGUCCACCUGGCAUAAGCUGCGACAGAGAUAAUACCUCACAGACCAGCGAAGGCUGGAGAGGAAAGUCAGACGUUGACGACUCAAGCAACGACGACCCGUAUUGUGCCAUCCGAAGUGAAGACUUACAACGAAGACAUGGCUAUUCUAAGUUCGACUUAAGCAGGAAGGCAUGGUCAGAUGGUCAGUAUAGCCACACAUCAGGGGGGAAUACGGAUGUGGACGCAUCACUGGACAUCCACAAACUGUCGACACAAAGUUUUGAAGUCGCUGAGUUAGCUCAGAGAAGCAAAGAGAAUAUUUCAGAGAAACAUCAAGCAGAGGACAACGAUUGGGCCAGAGCAGGCCGUGACGCCGAUGGCGGCGGUAGGCGAGAUGGGGGACUAAAACUAAUCAACAGUGAGACCUUUGAUGUUGAAGAAAGUAAUUUACAUGACAAAUCAACAAAAGAAAGAUCUAGAGAAAAACUCGGGUCAGACAAUCCUGAAGCUAACCCUUUUUCAGAUUUUUUGAACAGCAAACAAGCACCUUGUGAGGACGUGUCAGAAAUAAAGCCUAUCAACAACGAUGUAACGCCCGAAUGGCAUAGGACGGUCCGAGUUCAAACUCAAGCCUCUAGUGACAGUAUUUCUCUGAACAAGUCCCCUGAAGCGAAUCCGAAACCUUGGAGCUCUGCGAAUGAGAGCGUUGACAUCUGUCAGAAAGAAGAAGCUCUGUCAUCUGGUCCGAAUACCGAGGACAACAAUUGGGAUGAAAUAAAACCGUCUUUAAACAUCAACGUAACUCAGGGAAAUUUGCCUAGAGAGGAGAAAGGUUUGGAAGAAGAGGAUACGCUUAAAUCGUCUUUCUAUAAGGUGUUCAGCGCUACAGUGGAAGACAUGGAGGAGGGUGAGAACAAAGGGUUCAAGGACGACGGUGAGGACCACACAACAACAGACGCAGAUUCGAACCAUUCAGUCGCUAUUGACUCGAUAGAAUCGGACAUUUCUAAAGACAUUCUAUUCCAGGUCAAGAUGAAUGGGGACGGGACAGACGCAGACACGAGCAGUAUAUCCCGCGAGUCCAUGAAGGUCAAUCUGUCUCAGGAAAGCUCCUCGACUGACCAACAAGAUGACCUCACAUCAUGUGACUUACUUCCAGGCUCAGGACUGACCACAUGUGGGCAGCUCCGUGCGUUUGACCUGAUGGUACCGCUAGAUCCCCUGACUGAGAGCAUCUCCGCAGAGUCCAUUGUCGUCAAUGUAUCCAACGAAAGUCUAAAUUCCACCUACUCCGGAAAAUCGAAUCAAGAAAACCAAACUAAACAUCCCGGGAAACCAACGAGGAGUAAUUUGUCCAUCGACCUGAGACGAAGAAACAUGCUAGAUCCGUCAAGAAGAAGUUCACUUCCACUAGACACUCAGGGUCAAUCCUCAGGUCGACCAAAACUGCCCCUUGUGUCAACUCACUCGCUGGACAUGAACAGUGAUCCAGGGAGACGACUGUCACUCAAUAACGACAUUCCUACCACAGAAGAAAUCACAACUUUCAAGACUUCCCAGACGAAAUUGGCCUUCGAAGGAAGUUCCCAGUCUUCCCUUUCCACCUUCAAGUCUUUUGGUCGCACAAAUCCUCCCCCUGGGGAUCAGAGACAAGAAACACCCUCUUCUGCUGCUGACCAGAAUGCCAAACGUUCAAAUCUUGAGCGUCAACCGAUCGAAUCUUGCGAUUCCACAAAGAAUGCGGAUGCGUUGCCAAAAACAGCAGCGCUGUUGGAAAGUUCUGUAAAACUGCCGGCUACAUCUUCUUCGAACACACAAAAGCGAGCAAAUACGUCCUUUGCUGAUUUGGCGUUGCAACUUACACAAAAACCGAAAACAGGGUCAAAUGCUGUUGGCACUGAACCGCCAGUUCCUGGUGCUUCCACAGAUGUUCUUAAAACCAAACCGGGUUCUCAGUUUGUGAAGACUGUUCUCGCUGCUGCUGCUGCUGCUGCUGCGGCGUCAAAUGAGAAGAGAAUUGAUGACGAGGAAAAAUCAAAGGAAACAUCUGACGUCCUUAAAGAUGAUGGGUCUCUACCAGAGCCAGAGCAACACAGUGUGGGUUACCCCCCGUCAAAAGGUUUUGACGAGGAUUCUAAAGACCCUGCUCUCACAGCUAACAUAUCGGAGCCCCCGGAUAUUGUGCCAAAUGAAGUGACGUAUUCAGAACCACAGAAACCCGCUACGGCGGCCAAGAGUGAAAAAUUGCCAAUGCCGAGAAGUGUUUCAGAAGUACUUGAGAGAAUGCAACACGAGGAAGGCAAUGUCUUCAUGACCCACGAUUAUGAAGAAAUGAAUUUCAUGACAGAACACCAAGGACCAUCUGAUGAAAGUAAGCCUUCUGAGAAGGAUGACGCCAUAGGCAAAAGUACUGUUGACCGAAACGUCAACAGUGGGGUGUCAGAAGAUUUGAACAAGGAUAAGAGUGAAGAGACUCUAGAAACGAGAGGGGCCAGAGGUGACAGCACUGACAGUGAUGGUGGAGACAUCGACUCUAUCGUCAACGAGUUCAAGCAGCAAGGGAGCAGCGACGAGGGUGACAUCGAUGAGCUGGUAAAGGAGUUCAAGGAUACAGAGCCUCAGACUGGGGAUGGGGAGGGUCAGGAUAACAAGCCACAACGUCACGGUAUCGCCUUCACCAAAUUUGGAAAAGUUCUGAAGAAAAUGCAGACAGUAACAAAGUACAUGUCGAAACCGAAAGGAGACCUGCAAAAGGAGGGUGCCACUGACAAUGUCCGGGAGGCUCCUGAGUCAAGACGAGGAAGCGUGUUCCGGCCACGUGCUCACUCUCAGGAUCACACGUUUCUGACAGAGAGGAGUCAAACAGCACCUGAAUCUGACCCAGACAACGCCUUUGAUCUGCUAAGCAAGGCGGCUGAAGUCUUCAAAGAGCAAACUGUGAAGAAGAAAGCAAAGCCUGUAUUUCCUUUCCGGAGGACCAGAACUGAAGCUGAGCCUCACUUGGAAGACGAUAAUGAUGAGGACACAGAGGAAUACGAUCUUGUGUCCAAAGCUGCUAAACUCUUUAAAGGUUACAAACUGAAAAAGUCGACAGAAGAGAGCAGUAGCUCUGACAGGACGGACUCCAAAGAUGGUAGUGGGGAGAAGCCAGAUUCUGCCGUCACGGGAGUGACCAGUGUGGAAGCCCCAGUUGAAGCUGUAGAAGACACGAGUAACCAGAUAAUACAGUCCCAAGCUAUGACUGGGGAGCAACCUGUUUGCAAUGUAGAAUGUCCAAACGGGGAGCACGUGAAUACGACAGAGGUAGAUGGAAAGGUACCGCAACUGUCUUCGCCAGAAACUGAACAACCAAGUGACUCCCGACUCGAUAAAAGUGAAAUCCAAACAUCUAUUCUGAACUCUGAACUACUAAAAGAAGCUUGUGUCGAAAUGCCGGUAAUCAAUUUACAGGGAGACGAAAUUCAAAGUAAACCGAACGGCGAGGAGGAUGUAAGAAGAAAUUAUUAUGAGGAAAACCCUGAGAUGGCAGCAUCUGGAGAAGACUUCACUACUGAGACCAAACAGAUGUUCUCGAUCUCUGACAGCGGGUGUGGCUCAGAACUGGACAAUAUGUCCACAGCCACCGACAACAUGGCGUCGGAGGUCGAGCACACUUCGGACAUGGCCAGGAGCGACGCGAUGAGCGAAGUUCAUGAAGAAGGUGGUGAUGACCUCUAUCAGAUAAAUGAACGGCCAGUGGAGCCUACAGGUCUGAGUGAACCACCUGAACAGAGCAUGAGAGAGGAAGACUUCCCCGUCAAAUCCGACACAGUCAUUGAAAAUCUCUGUUCUAGAACUGUCGAUGAAGCUGCAGCGGAGACACAUGCCAGCAAAAAUGAGACUGAUAAUGAUAGAGGAGAUGUUUCAAAAAGCCCGGAGACUGUAGGAAAGUGCGCCGACAAACCAUGUGACCUCGUCUUGAGCACUGGAUACGAGAACGGGAAGACUGCUAGGGAGGAACAGCCAGCAGCGACUAGAAGUGCUGGUGGAACAUUUGUUAAAGAUGAUAGAGAGAAGACGCAAGAGAAAUUGGAGGAAAUUGCUCUGGAGUUGUCGGCGGUGGAAAAAGCUGGAUACGCGGAAGCAUCAGCAAAGGCAAAAGCCGAAACGGGUUCCGAAACCAGAUCUGAUUAUGUGAGACUGUCAUCUGACCUCACUGAAACCACAGACGCUCAAAGUCUGAUGGUCAAUUUUCCUGACUCGCCAGACAACGGUAUGAGCCUGGACGGGGACAAUCCGUUCUCCCUUUGCUGCGGCAGAAAUCUGAAGAAAGUUCACUUGAACUGCACGGCCAUGAUGAAAAAACCAGAGCGGCGUCCUUCUGCCGUCAUCAUCGCCAACAAGCGCUGUGUCAUGACGGACGAGGAAAGACUCGGGGUGUUUCCGGCACUCCCCAAACAGAAAGGAGAGGAACAGCCAGCCACGAGUGACGACAUGACACGCAACGAAGUUGUUCAGUCGUCAGAUCGGGAGACAGAGCCACGACGGCUGUCGGUGAAAGAUCAUGAAAGAAAUAGAAACUUUGCUGGGAGCAGAGAGGAGCUGGUAGAGAGAGAGAAAAAUGUGGAUGGAAAAGAUAGUCCUGUCGUAUAUCAGGAUAAGGAAAAGCAACAGAAUAACGGGAAAGGAGAAAGCAAAGAAGAUACGAAGAGGGAAAGGAAGACGAGGGUAGAGAAGAGAAGAUCAAUGAUUGACGAACAUGAAGCUGAUAAAGAAUCGGUUAAUAUUUAUGAUACGGUUUUGAAUGAACUGGCAGUAAAACAAGGCCGGACAUCUACUUGCAGUGACGAUUCAACGAGUGAUAUACCAGCAAAAGAAUCUGAAGCCAAGAUGAAGCGUUAUGGUAGGAUAAUGAGCGAGUCUGACAUUGAUCCAACUUUGGGACAAGCUAUUGAAACAGCCAAAAAUGCUAAAGAAGAGGAGGGGGGGAAGGGCUCCACUUCUCCCACAGAGACAUGCAAAGAGGUAGGCAAAGAGAUAAGUAAAGUAGUAGAUAUAGAAGAUCCGUCUGUAAACACUCCUGACACACAAGAAUCUCCCCCAUACGACACGGUUCCCAACGCACUGAUGCAAGAGUCUAUGGACACGUACGACAACUUUUACCCCAGCACAGCUCCACCUGUCCCGGAGCGAAAAUACAGACUUCGCUCGGAUUCUCAGCCGCCUGCAUCUCCUCUCCAUCCCACCAUCACCACCUCAAGUCUAGACAGUAUCGUUUCUGACAGCGCCACGUACCUCUACUCUCAAACCCAGAGCCGCCGCCACCCUUCUGGCAGUAAAUGGGUCAGCUCUACCCCCCACCUGCCCACGACGGAGAUGGCAGACAGAGGCACCCCCCGUACUGGAUCUUUCCCAUGCCUACCCAGGACGGAAGCAGAGGCUUCCAGCCGCUAUCAAGCCCACCACGCGACGUCCACCACGAGUCUGGGGUCAGACUCCAUCAACUGGGGAAAUUACGCAAAGAUUGAUGACGUCAACGACAGGGCAUCCUACGAUUCGGAGAGUUCCACAUCCGGUCUAGUAAUCCCAGGUGCGGGAAGGGCCUCCACUUUGAGCGACGUCUCGGAUGCGUACAUUUUUGGGGAAUACUCCACUGUCAAAGAUGACGUGUCCUUGACUGGAGAACGCGGCGGGGUCAUCAAGCCUCUGGACAGACAGCACCAGUCACGAGAACAAGCUUUCCGCUUCCGACACUUCCCGGCGGCGACGGAGGAGUCCCAUUACGUCAAUGUCAGUGCUGUGACGUCACAGCCGGUUUCUUCCGGUCACGUGCUGCUGGGCGCAAACAACGAUGUGCGGAGAGAAACAGCGGCAGGGUUCGAGCAUUACGCAACUAUAGAUCACCCACCGGGUGACGUCAUGCAGUCCAAAUCUGUACAGUUCCCCACACCACCCAUGCCUGGACGUGUUAUCAAGGUCAACUGUGCCUCACAGACAAGUACGGAAUCCUUGCCUGGUCUUGUUCGAGACGACGCCUCUGAUAUCCUCGAAGGUCUUCCAGUGUUCGAAUACACGCUGGGUGCUGGUCAGAGUGGGUAUGGGACCUUGGAUAGAGACGUGGUAGAUGCCAGGGGUUACGGUCAGUAUCCGGAUACUCAUCGCCCUGAUCUAACACGACAGACAUCCUCGUUGGACCGGCGGUAUCGCGCACACAGUGGGUCAUCAGUGGAAAGAGACACUCCACGUAAAAAACCCACACGCGUGACCUUCUCUAGGGAUGAAGUCCUCACUGAGGUCAUCCAGGGCAUUCAGCAAAGCGAGACAGCGGUGGAGGGGGACAACACCGUACCUGCGGAUGGGCGGGGCUUGCGAGACAUGGCCACGUCAACUCUGUCUUCACUAGGGGGCGGGGUCAAGGAGAUAGCCCGGAUCUUUCACGUUCCGUUCCAGUGCUGUACAAGAAAGAAAGUAAAGCAGCCAAAGGUAAGAGAGGCAACUCGGUGUUAGAUACUGCAUGGUUUUUAGUUCACUUUCAAGUUCUGAGGAAUUCUGUACAUCAAAAAGCUGAAUACAGAGAUCUCUGUGGUUCUCUCUGACUAUUAUUUUGAUUCUAGUUUUCUUUAUAGAUCUGAGUGUGAAUCUUCGUUGUAUGUUUGAGUUCGUCUUUUGUUGAGUUAGUUUGUACAUGUAUUCUGAAUUAUUGUCACAUAAUAUUUUAUCUUACUAUAUUUAGCAUACCUUCAGUAACAAAUUACAAAGAAAUAAAGUAUCUAUUUGUUGUUGUAA